GGCCAGUUACAUUUAUUUCAUCAUUUCCCAAAAAAGCUUGAAAUUUCGUAUGCCAUCCAUAUACUAACAAACCACUAGGGUAGCAGCGUCUUGGAACGCACUCGAGCACUCCAUCCAGCCUAGCACCUUCCCACAAAGUCGGGGGUGACAAGCAACCCAAAAUCGACGCUUGCUGCUGAGAGUGGAGGACAAAAUCAAUCCCUGUCCCAACUCCAGAUUUUCCAUCCCAACAUAAUUCAUUUGAUGACCAACCCUGUCGUGGAACUUGGCCAUUGAGCAGGCAACCCACUACAAUCUAUACGACCCAGCCAUAAAUUAAUUCUUAACUUUAUCAGCGGUGGCCCUCCCCAGAACAACUGACAAUGGAGCCCUACCAAGAACCACCCACCCAAGAAGACACCCACGACGCCGCCGAGAUUAUGGCUCAGACCAUGGGCUUCUCCUCCUUCGGCGCAGCAGCCCGGCCGUCUAAGAGACGCCGAAUGGGUGACGCCAUCCAGGCGAGCUUGCGGCUUGGACCCCAAGCCUCUGGUGCCAACUCGACUUCCGUUGGUAUCCGUCCAGCCCAACGGGUAAUCCCCCGGCCCCACACGCCUGCUUAUGCUCAUGUCAAUCUCCAGGAGCAGGGAGGCGAUGCCGGUGGUGCCACCAGCGACGCUGCUCCGGUAGAAGGUGCCACUGCUGGUGCUGAGGUGGCGGGUCCCGCAUCUGAGAAUAUGCCGGCUGAUGGCCCACACGGCCCGCCCGGUCGCCCUUACGGUCAGCCGUGGUACGUCGACUACUACGACCGCAAGAGCAACCAGAAUCCUUGGAAGAAGCUGGAGGAGAAUCUCGGUCUGAAGCCGCGGGCCUCAUGGCCACCGCCCUAGAUUGUUUUACUGGGGUUAUGGUCAACCAACUGAGCGAGCAAGGGACCUAUCAUGAACAAGUUUGCCGAGGAGGAGGGUAAUAUCAGAGAAACAUUGAUAACCUUUCAGUUGAAAGCAAUUCUCACGCCAUCUUUGUCUUGGUUUCGGAGGACAAUUCGUCCUAGUGGGUUACAUGCUAAUGGCUGCAGGCUACCGAUAUCCAAGACCAGCGACUGGGGUGGCUCAAACAACAGACUUCAACUGUUUACACAUAUCUACGAAAGGGCUGGCCAAGGGGAGACGGAUAGGGGCCAACAUGGGUCUGUAUCAGUCACGUGAUUCGGGAACUUGACGUCUUUGAGUAGCCAGCAUCGUCCACAUUACGACGCCUAGAACAUCACAUGAGCAUGAUCAGGCACGCUGGUGGGGACCCCGCCUGGAGGUACAGGCGGUCACUGGCACGGGCUUCAAGUUGUACGAUUUACUGAGUUAAUAUCGGAAAAAAAGAGAGCUGCCGAACCCGAGCCGUUCCCAAAACGCCCAAUGAAAUCAUGACAAAGCCACUACGCUCGCCUAUAAUACUUUCACGUGGUCCCCCAGACGCUUCCAGCUCUGAUGGCCUCGUCGAUGCCCGCCUGGGGUUUCCUAAAGAAGCAAUAUACAUGUCCUCGAAGAGGACAAGCGCCAUCUGGCUCUCUUUCACACGCCCUCCCCCGUUCCCUUCCCCGAUCGAUCUUGCAGGACCGCUGCUCGCCAAACCUACUCGUCUUCAGCUCUCUGGGCCUACCGCCUACUGAGAUAUUCUCCCGGAAUACCACCCCACACACCCUGCAGGACUGACGCGUUGUUUACUCACACCCACCACCCCUGGGGUGUUUUCGCCCGCCCGUGCCUGCAGCAGCUUUGCUUUUUUGGCCCAUGUACCUGUACUUUCCUUCCCCUGUCCCCGAAAAAUCAGGGAAACCAUGUCUGGAAAACACUCUUUCGUCCAAUCAUAAAUCGUUCCUCAUGAGAGAGCGGCCGCCCGCUUCCGCCUUUGGGAAAAGAGAAAGACGCCGAGAAAAGCCAGAAAACCCGGGGGCUGCCGCACACCACUCAACUACCUUCCGACAAGGGGAAGACUGUGCAACUUACAGGAACGCGCGCUGCAUGUUUCUUCCCUUGCCGAACUGCAUCCCACAUCCCAAAGUCCACCCGCUGAUCCGCUACGGGUGGUUCCCCCUGCAUACCCGCGCCCGUGCCUAAGACAGGUAGGAUCGAGUUUGCGUGCUGGGCGUGUGGGUGUGUGUGUGUGUGUGUGUGUGUGGGGAGAGGGAAAAGUGAGGGGUGUGUGCGAUCUGGGCGCUCGUAACAGGUUUAAAAAUAUCAAAAUAGAGAUAGAUCAAUACAACGUCAACAAACAAAAAACUGGG